UCGUAGGCUGGAGGGCGAAGUGGCCGCAGGGCGUCGCGGGAGGAACCGCCGCCUCCGAGCCUCGCACCGGCGGAUCCCCAUGUGGCGGCGGGGACGCCUUGGGGCCCCUGCAGAGACGGCGACGGGGGGGCGCCCAUGACUUGGACGAGCAGCAUGAGUAGCGGCUACAGCAGCUGGGAAGAAUCGGAGUCCGAGGAGUUUUUCUUCACGGCUCGCACCUCUUUCUUCAGGAAGCCCUUCGGCCAAGCCAAGGCCAGCCUGCAAGAUGUUCAGAAGGAGAGAGAAACUCAUAAUUACCUCACCAAGGAAGCAAUCAAGGAAAAAGUCCAAAUAUACAAUUCAGAUGUUACUGACAAGCUAAAGAUGACAUUG